AUGAGUGAUGAGUUCCGCUUUGCCCUACAGAGUGAUUCUCAUCAGGUGCUAUUAUUUGAAGUGACCUGUGAAAAUGUGACUGAUGAGUCCUUGAUCACGUGUCGCACAGAACGUGGCGUCAAUUUAAGCUUAGAGGAGUACAAACUUGACACGUGUGCUCGCUGCUACACGUACUUGCCUCCUUGGGCUUUUGUCUCCGCAGAAAAGAAAUUACGGUAUGACCCCAGAUCGGGUUUGCUGUUUGACCAGAGAAAUAUAUCUAGCGCGGCUGAUCCUGACAACACCAGCCAUCCCGUUUAUGACACAUUUGAAUCGGACUUGUUUGCAAGGAAAUGGAUCGCCUGCUGUCAGGCAGCACUGGAAUGCUGCAAGAAGAUGUACGCCGACCCCCCUCUAUAUGAUGAUGGCGCUUUCUGCCCUCGAACGUGGGACGGUUGGCAGUGCUGGCCAGACACGCCUUCAGGUGAAGUAGCAGUCAGUGCAUGUCAAGAACACGUGUACUUCAUGAGUGAGCCUCCACCAUGUCCACGAUACGCUAUGAAAAAAUGCUGGAACAAUGGCUCGUGGUACGUUAAUCAAUGGAGAAAUGAGUGGACCAAUUACAGUGGAUGUGGCCGCGUAGAGGGAAUCCGCAGGCUGCAGAUUUUCCAUAUUGCAACAUAUGCAGUGUCCAUAUUCUUCUUGAUUCCUGCUCUUUUCAUCUUCGCAAUUUAUAAGCAACUACAAGUUCAUCGCAUUACCAUGCAUAAAAAUCUCUUCAUAGCACUUCUCAUGAACGCUACUCUAUCAAUCAUGUUCAAAACCAUUGUAAUCCUUGAUGAACUAGAGAACUCUGGCAACCGGCGUACUAUUCUGGAAGAAAACUGGGCUUUCUGCCGGAUACUGUACAUUUUGACAAAGUAUUCCCGCAUGUGUACGUACAUGUGGAUGUUCUGUGAAGGUUUCUACCUGCACAAACUCAUAGCGGCAGCUUUUGCAGAGCAGAAGUCAUUGCGCAUGUUCUACUUCAUUGGCUGGGUAUUCCCAGUUUUUCCAGUCGUAACAUUUGCUCUUUUGAGGUGGCAUUUCGCAGAUGAACAGUGUUGGGCUGUGCCAGUCAAGCCGUAUGAAUGGGUGACGAACAGUCUUAACCUUUUGAGCCUAAUACUUAAUUUGGCGUUUUUAUGUAAUAUAAUAAGAGUUUUGGUGACGAAACUUCGAGCUACACAUGCCAACGAACCAAGUCAAUUCAGAAAAGCUGUUCGAGCCACAUUGGUGCUGGUUCCAUUGUUCGGUCUUCAUUUUUUUCUCGUCAUCUACAGACCGCAGGGUGGAGAAUGCCUGGUGCUGGAAAUAUAUUCUUUCCUCAGCUACACAAUGGAUGGAUUACAGGGUUUGCUUGUUUCACUCAUCUUUUGCUACCUAAACGGUGAAGUCAUUGAUUUGAUACGUCGAUCCUGGUAUCGCUUCCGACUGCGAUAUUCCUUGGACGUUCACCCAGUCUCGGUUACGACUACAUCUGAGCUCUCCAUGGGACGUUCGAGACAAUCGACCGAUGGAAAUAUCGAGUACUCCGUCCGUCCCUGGCGGCGAAGUAUCAAAGAUGCAAAUUCCACUGAUGGACCCACAGAACUCAACAUCCUCAGAUCGUCCGUGAAAUCUAAAACCGAUCAGAAUUCGACGACUGUGGAGACUUCACUCAUUAUCCAUGAGCGAAACGACAUCUUUUAACUUUUCGAGCUUGUUUUCAUUGUUCUUCUGGACACAUUUUAAUCGUGAUGCUUGUCCCUUUCUUUUUGUGUAUUAAACAAACUGUAUUCAUUUCAAAGACCAGAAGUAAAAUUUCAGACUAUUCUUGAAACUUUAAACUGAAAAUGAGGCCAAUAACUUAUUUGUCAAGGACUAAUUUGCAUUGGAAAUUACAGCUUGGUUUAAUGUACCGACAUCCCAGUUAUCCCAUCCAGAGACUGCAGUUUCUUCUUUGAUUGGACUCAUCAAUCUGGAAUAGCGAACAUCCGAGCUGGAGGCAAAUGUCAUUUGCUUGAAGCUAUAAGAAUGCCAACAAACUGGUAGAUAAAGUAAAUUUAUCUCAAGAGAGAGAAACCACAGACAUGUUGAGCUUCAGCUGGUAAAUUGAAGAGAAAGCUUAAGUUUCAACCAGCUACAUUUAUUUAUAUUUCAUGUAAUUAUCACUAUAUUAUGUAAGUUGUCCUUUUAAGGUCUGAACCAGGUCUUAUGACGUUUAUUGUAAUCUCCAGAUGUUUGUCCUUAUAUAUGUUCAAGUUAUGUGAACGAUGAUCGAUGUGUGUGUACAAAUAUAGUCGAGCUCAAAUAAAUAAU